AUGUCUUUGACGAUAGAAGAAUUAGCUGAAUAUCUAGCAGAAUGGGACGGGUCUGGUUUCAUAAGCAAUGUUGAAAAACCAUCAUUAUCGCAGGAAAUAUGGGACUAUAGUAACGAUAUGGUACCACAAUAUACCAAGCAAUCCUUGGAGGAUCCAAAUUUUGUGUUUCCUAUGGAUCCUCGAUUUCAUCCUGUAAUUAAAAGAUACCUAUCGUUGCCUUCUACAGUGGCGCUUUUGCGAACUCAACACCCGCUUUAUAUUCUGUUACUAAAAUAUCCAAACAUUGAUCCAUUUUUUGAACAGAAAGUUUUUAGCAAGGAGUACCUUGCAAGGUUCUCUAUGGAAGAACUAAGAGCCUGGGGAGAAUUGCACAAGAAUAAGGAUGAUGAACUUGCUUUGGAAGACGAAAUCAUCAGUGACAAUGUGAAUGACCAUGAACAAAGUGAUGAAGGAGCAGUAAAUAAGAACGAGGUGCAAGUGCAAGUACAAGUGCAAGAUAUAGCAGCGGAAAUUAAAGAGUCAGAAAAAAAGCAAGAUGCCAUGAAACAGAAGUUAGUUGAUUAUUUUGGACGCGCAAUAGCUCUAAGAAGAACUGAAGAGCAGACUACUGCUGCUGCUGCUGCUACUGCUACUACUACUGCUACUACUACUACUACUACUACUACUACUACUAGCAAGAGAAAGGUAGAAAACUUGUUAAAGUGUCAGCAACUAUUUGACAAAAAGGUGAAAAUCAUUGACGCGAUUUCUAAACGGAAAAACUCGACUCUCAAGACUUUAAAAGUGAUAGAGGACAGUAUAGCAUCAUUAGAACAAAGAAUAAAUGAUAAAAACACAGCUUUUUUCCAAAGUGUUGAAAAGAUAAAAACAAAUGGUGAAUUAAUAGAGUCGCCGAAAGCUGUGGUGAAUACAAGGGUUGCAGAUGGAGAAGAAGAACAGUCUGAUAGAGAGGUUUUGAACAAUGAGGAAGCGAUGAAGAAUGACGAAGAUUCAAUCGAUGUUGGGAAGUCAAAGUUGGAAGCUAGAUUCAAUUUGCUGUUGGCAGAAUUGGAAAUGCAACUUCAUGAAACACAAAAAAAAAUUGCUGAACUCAAAAGCAAUAUCCAAAUAUUGGAAAGCUGGAACGAUAAUCCAGAUAUUCAGGUACGAAAAUUGGCGAAAAGGGAGACGGCUUUAAGGAAAAAGAUUGAAGAUGUCAAGGCAAAAAUAAUCCAAAGAAAAGAAAAGGUAAAAAGGAGAGAGGAAAAUGAUGCUAGGAAGAAGAAUGGCUUGAAGAAAAACAAACUUGCUGGAACUAAUGGUGCUGAUGGCUCUGGCGCUAGUGAUACUGCUUUUCCUUCUCAAAGCAGAUUCAGUAAUACGACUUCAAAGCAAAUUACACUGGAAGAUUAUCGGCGAAUUACUUUGGAAUCAACAAAAUCACAUUUCGAAGAACUGAUAAGAGAACUAAGAAACCAGCUUUGCCAAAAAAAGAAUUCUAAGAAGAAAACAGAGGAAAAACUAGUCAAAAUCAGAGACGAAUUUGUAGAAAAGCAGAUUAAAUUUUGCAAGUGGGGAAAGAAGAUCUUGAAAGAACCGGAUGAAAGUCCAUGUGAGUUGGGAGUAAUGUUAAACAUUAAAUCAAUUUCUUCAAUCAUGCGUCUUAACAAAUUCUUUCAUGAGUUGCUGAUGCCAAAUAAUCUCCUUCUGGACAGCGAGACCUUUUACAUGACAUAUAAGGAAGCUAAGACCUACUUUUGGCAUUACCAGCGUUUUUAUUCGUUCAAAAGGAAACUAUUUAGCAAUAGAAUUUUUUAUAAAUGCAACGGUGCUCAAUGUUCCAACCCAACGUCAAAGACACAACAGCGGCUGCUGCGCACUUCAACCUUAAUUGGUUGUAAUAGCUCCAUUGUCAUAUCUUUAUGCGAGCAGGAAGGCAAAGUAAAAGUUCAUCAUCGUGUUAAACACAACCAUACUAUAAGUAGUUACAACGAUAUCAUACAUCAAAGAAUCAAAAAAAUUCCAAGAAGUUGGUGCAUGAUGGAGAUUGCCCAAGGACAUGAUUUCAAGGUGGUUAAAGAUAAAUUAGCAAGAAUUCAUUUUGGAACAAAUAUUAUGGUGCUUGAUCAGAGUAAUCGAAUAAAAGCUGAUUUUUUUCGAAAACUAGCGUUGAGUCCUAGCCUAGAUAAAGAACGCAUUGCCAAACGAUUGCAUGAAGAUUUGUUAGAAUGUGAGGUACAUUUGAAUAAUCGAAGUCACUAUGCGAAAUACACCAGAUUUGAUCAAAAAACAACGACAGUGUUAACUGAUAACGAUGAGCAAUGCAAAAGCUCUUGGUCUUUUAUAAUUGGACUCAAAGCUUUCUUUUCGAAACUGCUGCUGCUGCUGCUGUAUUGUAAGGAAGCGUUCUUUUUGGAUCUGACGCACCAUGAUGUAAAAUGUUUUGGCAAAGCUGGAAAGAGGUCUGUUGAGCACUUGGUUUUGUACACUGUUCUUUCCAUAAAUGAGUUAACGAACAAGGGAUUGCCAAUUUUUUUUUGCAUCACCAAUUCACAACAUACAAAGCCACUACAACACUUUUUCGAAACAGUGAAAACUCAGUUCAACAAUUGGAAACCUACGUUAGCAAUAAUUGGUUGUUCUCCCACUGAGAGACUCAGUGUUAGGGCAGCUUUUGGUGAUGACGAUGAUGGUAAUAACGAAACGUUGAAAGUUGUGUUUAGCAGAUAUCAUUUCUUUAGGGAUUUCAUGUCAAGCGUGAAAAGAAACGUGACUCUAGAGAAAUAUGGAAAAGAUAAUAGUCUACUAUUCAAACAUGGGAUUCUUGAAGAAACAGAGGGACUUGUGUUUGUUAAGGAGAAUUCAAAUGAGCAAGCAUUUUCAGCUUUUGAUUCCAGGUAUGAACAGCUGUUAGCAGAAUUUUCAAAAGAUGAGAAUGGUGAUGACGAUGACGAUGGUGAUGAUGAUGAUGAUGAUGAUGAUGAUGAUGAUGAUGACGAUGACGAUGAUAAUAGCUGUCGUUAUGAUUAUGAUUAUGAUUAUGACGUUGACGAUGAUACUACCUGUAUUAUUGAUGCUGUUAAUGAAGAAGAUGAAUUUGGGUUUUCCAUAAUUGAAAGUGACAUGAUGAGACAGUUGGACGUGCCAAAGGUAAACCCGUCAAAUUUGCAAGAAAUUAGUGAAGCAAGAGAAAUAGCGCGAAUUUCGAUGCUUGUGUGGCUAAGUGCGAGAACCGUACAAGAGGCUGACAUUAUUUUCAAGACUUUUGUUAAAAACUUUAUUGAGUAUCCUGAGUUUGUUCUUGAUUUAUUUUAUUGGUAUGGGAAACGAAAUUAUAUUGUGAGCUGCUAUUCCGAUGUCCCAGUCGAAUUGGAGUUGAAAACAGAUUUUGUUGAAUCGUGGCAUAAUUUGUUUAAAAGUCAACUCUCACGAGGCACUGUUAGAUACCGAACAGCUGACAAGAUCGUACAUGCACUAAUAAAAAAAUUCUCAAACUAUUUUGACACCAAACAGCUCAAAUUUCAACAAGACCUGCUGCAAGAAGAGGCUAAAGGACUAAAAGAUAUCGUGAAUCUGAUGCUCUUGGAAGAUAUUUCUAAAAGAGUCAAUGAUAAAAACGGAUACUGCACAGUUAUUGCCAACAAUGGGCAAAUCUACAACGUAUAUGGAAAUCGCAAGUCACUCAAGUGUACUUGUCCAUCGUUUCCUCAUCUCACGAGGAGUUGUCAACAUUGCCUUAUGGUCCUUCGUUUAAUAAAUGAGAAGGGUUUAGUUUUGAAAGCACCUCGAGCGUUGAAUCCUAAUUCCCUGCUUUCAGAAACUCAACGUGUUGAAAAGAAGAAAAGAGGUAUUGGUUAUCUUCCAAAUGAAUUUGGCACGAGUUCAACGUUGGCAAGAGCAGUCGAUAUUGGAAACAAAAUACACUCUCUCGGAAGGAAGAGAACUAGUACUCCAGUUUCAGUCUCUUCGAGGCCCGAGCUUGCGACCGCCAACAAUAAUGACGACGUGUGUAGCUCAGACAGUAAUGUUGAUGACUUUCAAUCUGGUGGUGUUGAUGAUAGUGUCAAUAAUUCUUAUUGCAUCAACAACGACAACAACGACUUUAAUGAUGAUGAUGAUGAUACUGGUUGGUCUGAAACCUUGCAAGGUAGAUCAAAUGUCAAAUCUGGCGAAGGAAAUUUGAAAGCUACUUCAAAUAGGGAUGAAGAAGAUUUUAUCCACUCCCCGAAUCUAGAGCGAGCUCAAGCCCGAAAGAGAAGACGACUUGAACGUAAAGAAGCAUUGGACGAAAUACAAAAAACUCUUUCCUUACUAGAAAAGCAUGCCGAUGAAAUAUCGAGUGACGAAUAUGAAGAUGAAUGUGAUUUCCUUACAAAGAAGAUGUCUGGAUACGUAAACCUUCUUCUAAGCCUUGAUAAAAAAGACAAAACUUUGGAAUCCCCUACACGACAGAAAAGUACAUAG